UUGUGCGCAUGCGCAUCAUUCACGUUCUCCCGUGUGCGUUUGAGUGUAUGAAGGUUGAACUGUCAACUGUCUUUAAACGAGAAACCAAGGUUUAAACACAAUAAUCUGCCUUUGGUUUACUGUCAUUGAUAUUUGUUUACGUCCCUUUAUUAUAAAGUUUAUAUUUCUACACGUCGAAUGCUACUUUGAGGAGUUAUAAAGCAAGGCCGAAUAUGGCCAGUCUGUCCAACUAUGCUCUGCGCAUGGCGCGCCUGAGUGCCCGAAUAUUUGGAGACGUGGCCCGACACACAGAUGCCAAGUCCAUGAAAGUGGUCGAAUUGUUUAAAGAGCCCCCAAUGGCCCAGAGAAAGGAAGUGUAUGACUGGUACCCACCACACAAGAUCUACUACUCCAUGACACAGAAGCUCCGAUACAUAGGACUCUUCAGAGAUGAGCACCAGGAUUUCAAGGAGGAAAUGAGGCGGUUGAGGAAACUCCGGGGUAAAGGAAAACCCAAAAAGGGAGAAGGGAAGAGAGCCACAAAGAAGAAAUAGGCCAAGGAUCUUUUCAUUAAUGGACAUCUGAUGAAGUGACUUUAUAUAUAAACUAAAUACUGUACUUGUAUGGACAGCAGGACUUUCAUUAUGACUGUGAUGAUGGAACACAAACCAAAAUAAUAAUUCACUUUCAAUGUCUGUGGUGGAGAUUAAAAGUUAAUUUUUGUACAA